UAUAAGACCUAUGUGCUGCCCCUGCAUCGCCAGUUUCCCUUCGUUCUCCACCCGGGUUCAGCAAGAGUCCUCCCCUUUCCAAUUGUCGAUCCAUCUCCCCACGAUCUGACCCACCUGCGCCUUCGUCUCUCGCGUCGAUUAGCAUUCACCAUGUCAGACUGCAAGCAAGAGAUCAUCACUUUCCCAGAUCUCAUGAAGUCCAUCCCCUUCCCGAUCCGCUUGAACCCUUAUACCCGAUUCGUGUCUGCCGAUUCGGAUGCCUUCAUCCUGGAGUACGGGAACUUCUCGGAGAAGCAACGGGCCAAGUUCAUUGGCCUCAAUGCUGGCCUAUUGUGCGGCAUGUGCUAUGCCGAGUCAGGUCCCGAUGAGCUCAGGGUAUGCUCGGAUUUCAUGAGCUUUCUGUUCAAUCUCGACGAUUGGAGCGACGAAUUCGACACAACCGGGACGAAGGGUCUAGAGGAGGCUGUUAUGAACACGUUGCGUCAUCCGGACACCUUCCAUUCUGACACUAUCGCAGCUCGAACUGCUAAAUCAUGGUGGACGAGGAUGCUCAAGACGGUCGGUCCGAACUGCAAGGAACGCUUCAUCUAUACGAUGGGCUUGUAUUUCAAAGCCAUCAUGCAACAGGCUGCCGACCGUGCAUCAAACAGCAUUCCAGAGCUCGAAGCCUACAUCGAUUUGCGACGCAGUACGAGUGGAUGCAAGACCGGCUUCGCCCUCAUCGAAUACGCUGCAGGCAUCGACCUUCCUAACGAGGUCUAUGAGCAUCCUGCUAUCCAAGGCCUCUUGAACGCCACUAACGACUGUGUCAGCUGGGCUAAUGACAUCCUUUCAUACAACAGAGAACAAUCACGAGGGGAUUCGCAUAAUCUCGUGCCUGUACUCAUGCGGACUCUCGGUAUCGAGCGACAGGCAGCCGUUGAUUACGCUGCGGACCUGUGCAACAAAACCGUAGAGCGAUUCCUUGCAGGCAAGACGGCGUUGCCGUCCUGGGGUCCUGAGGUCGAUGCACAGGUUCAACAGUACAUCCAGGGCCUGGAAGACUGGAUCAUCGCCAACGCGGAGUGGAGUUUCAUGACUGAGAGGUACUUCGGGAAGGAUGGACCGAAGAUUAGGAAGAGCCUGCAGGUGCCUUUGCUGCCGGUGGUUGGAUUUGUUUAGACGUCGCCAAUCCGCCACGCGAGGAAGCACAAUUCUUCGCGUUUGAUCCUGACAGGAAACAGCGCCAUCAGUGUACCCUA